CACCUCAGGCAGUCGGAGCAAGUGUUAGGAGCCAGCCACACAAUCACCUCGUGUCCUCUCGAGUGAAAAUGAACUGGGCUUUUCUUCAGGGCCUCGUCAGUGGCGUCAAUAAGUACUCGACAGCUUUUGGUCGCAUAUGGCUGUCUCUGGUGUUCAUCUUCCGUCUGCUGGUGCUGCUGGUGGCUGCUGAGAAGGUGUGGGGUGACGAGCAGAAGGAGUUCGACUGCAACACCAGAGAGCCAGGCUGCCACAAUGUCUGCUAUGACCAUUUCUUUCCCAUAUCUCCCUCUCGUCUGUGGGCACUCCAGCUCAUCUUCGUCACGUGCCCUUCACUCCUGGUGGUCCUGCAUGUAGCGUACAGGGAUGAUCGUGAGCGGAAGCACCAGCUGAAGUAUGGAGAGGGCUGUGCUCAUCUGUACACAGACACCAGCAAGAAGCGAGGGGGACUGUGGUGGACAUAUCUCUUCAGCCUCAUAUUCAAGAUGGCAGUGGACGCCAUAUUCAUCUUUCUUGUGUUCUACAUUUACGAGGCCACCUUUUUUCCUUUGCUGGUGAGAUGCCAAGAGGCUCCCUGUCCUCAGGUGACUGACUGCUACAUCAGUCGGUCUACAGAGAAGCGCAUAUUCACCAUCUUCCUAGUGGUGGUCAGCUUGAUCUGUAUCCUGGUGUCCCUUUGUGAGACACUGUAUCUCAUUUUUAAGCGCUGCCAUGAAUGCGCCGUCUCGCACAAACUCAACAAACGUGAGAGACAUUUUGCGACAAUCUCUUCUCAGUCUAGCAAACAUAAUCAGGAUAAGAUGGCAGAGGAGGCAAUGUUCAACAAAACUAACAGUCAUCCUCCAGCCAAGGACAUUAGUGCUCCUGCGUACAGCUUAGCCAUCUCCUAAAUGAUCAGCAAAGAUGAACAAAUACAUGGUUUAUUGAAUAUUAUAUUUAUCAAUGUCAUCACUAGCAAUUUAUGUAAAAUUACUUGUUUUUUUUUUUGUCUAAUGUAAUGUAGAGGACGAGUAUGAGAGUGUAUUUCUGUCCCAUUUCUUAAGCUUGCUUUACUUUUUUAUGUUCUAGAUUGUUGUAUUAAAAAACAUAAUCAUUAAAUGGCUUGGUACUGAUUUUGUAUUUGAUGUCUUCUUAUAUUAUACUAUUUAUGGAACCACUGUAAUAAAACUGAGCUCAGGCUACUGUUUGUGUGGAGCUUCACAUGUUCUCACUGUGACCAUGUGGUUUUCCUCCGGAUUCUCCAGUUUUCUCCCACUGUCCAAAAACAUGCUGGUAGGCAGAUUGGCUAUGCUAAAAUUGCUCCUAGUUGUGACUGAGUGUGCCCUGCAAUGAACUGGCGUCCCAUCCAGGGUGAAUUCUCCUGCUUCACACCCAGUGUUCCUGGGACACUGCCUCCAGAUCCACCACAACCCUGACCAGGAUAAAGUAAUUGUUGUAUAAGAUGUAUAAAUUAACUAAUGUAAU